CCACCGUUUUAUCUUGCCUCAGUUCUUCUUCUAUAUACUAGUUCAUAAAACAAGUGUUAUUUCCAUUUCACAUAGAAUGGCUGAAAGCAAAGAGGAGGAUGUUAAGGUCGGUGCAAGCAAGUUCAGAGAGAAGCAGCCGCUUGGCACCGCCGCUCAGUCAGACAAAGACUACAAGGAGGCCUCGCCGGCUCCUCUCUUCGAACCCGGAGAGCUCAAAUCUUGGUCUUUUUACCGGGCCGGGAUCGCAGAAUUCGUGGCCACUUUCUUGUUUCUUUACAUCACGGUGAUGACAGUGAUGGGCGUCGGCAGAGCCAAGAACAAGUGCGCCUCUGUUGGCACUCAGGGCAUCGCUUGGGCCUUCGGUGGCAUGAUCUUCGCUCUCGUCUACUGCACCGCUGGCAUCUCAGGAGGGCACAUCAAUCCAGCUGUGACGUUCGGAAUGUUCUUGGCGAGGAAGCUGUCGUUGACGCGGGCUGUGUUCUACAUGGUGAUGCAGUGUGUUGGAGCCAUCUGUGGAGCUGGAGUGGUGAAGGUUUUCAUGAAGGGGCCGUAUGAGACGCUCAAAGGAGGUGCCAACAUCGUCAGCCAUGGCUACACCAAGGGUGAUGGCCUUGGCGCUGAGAUUGUCGGCACAUUUGUGCUUGUCUACGCCGUCUUCUCUGCCACUGACGCCAAGAGAAAUGCCAGAGACUCACAUGUCCCUAUCUUGGCUCCUCUCCCCAUCGGGUUUGCUGUUUUCCUCGUUCAUUUGGCAACCAUCCCCAUCACUGGAACCGGCAUCAACCCAGCCCGGAGCCUUGGGGCCGCCAUCAUCUACAACAGAGAUCACGCGUGGGAUGACCACUGGAUCUUUUGGGUGGGGCCGUUCAUCGGAGCAGCUCUGGCCGCGGUUUACCACCAGAUAGUCAUCAGAGCCAUUCCUUUCAAGAGCAGGGCUUGAUUUCAGAGUUCAGACUAUGCAUAUCAAUAUCAUCAUCCUCUGCAUUUAACUUAUAUCCCCUCUUUAUGUUUAUAAAUACUGAAAUUUAUGUGUAAAUUAUGAGGCUCUCUGUUUAGUACUACUAUCUUAUGUUACUGAUUGAUUCCCCCUUUUCUCUUCAUUCAUA